GCCGCCGGGCCGGGCAGCUCGGCUGUGACACGCACAUGUGCUCCGGGGGCUGGCGGCGGGGCCGGGCGGGCGCCCCGCGGGAUGGGGGAGAAGGAACAAAGAAAGAGAGGGGAAUGGAUGCCCUCUUCGCCGCGAAUACGGAGCACCUGAGAGCCGUGUCUCGUCUGAGGUGUUUUGCUGGAGUCCAGACGUUCUGGGGGUCCCCUCCCGUAUACUUUUCCAGCAUUAUUGGCUUCCUGAUCCUUGUGACACACAAGGCACACGUUUGGCACUCAGGCAAGAGGCUGGAGGUGGAGGAGAGAGUGGAACCCAUAGCAAGGCCACAGUAGCAAGGACCAGCGCAAGUCAACUGUGAAACACCAAACUUCUGAGCAGCAUUACUUUCCUCAGACCAGCAGCACAUAGGAUAGCACUAAUGGCUGAUCGAGUGCUUGUGAUCGGGAGUGGAGGGAGAGAGCAUGCACUGGCCUGGAAGCUGGCCCAGUCCCCACAUGUAAAACAAGUGUUUGUUGCUCCUGGAAAUGCAGGGACAGCCAACAGUGGAAAAAUUUCAAAUUCAGCUGUCUCAGUCAGCAAUCAUGCUGCACUUGCUCAAUUCUGCAGAGAUCAGGAGAUCAGGCUGGUUGUGGUUGGUCCAGAGGUUCCUCUUGCUGCUGGAAUUGUUGAUGACUUGACAGCUGCUGGAGUAAGAUGCUUUGGUCCCACGGCAAGGGCAGCUCAGCUGGAGUCCAGUAAGAGCUUUACCAAAUCCUUCUUGGAUCGUCAUGGGAUCCCAACAGCAAGAUGGAAAUCUUUUACUGAUCCAAAAGCAGCCUGUAGCUUCAUUAACAGUGCAAACUUCCCUGCUUUAGUUGUAAAAGCUAGCGGCCUGGCAGCUGGCAAAGGAGUAAUUGUGGCAUCAAACAAAGAAGAAGCCUGUAAAGCUGUUAAUGAAAUCAUGCAGGAUAAAACUUUUGGCACAGCUGGGGAAACUGUUGUUGUUGAAGAACUCCUUGAGGGAGAAGAAGUUUCUUGCUUAUGUUUCACUGAUGGUGUAACAAUUGCUCCCAUGCCCCCAGCCCAAGACCACAAGAGGCUAAAGGAUGGAGAUGAGGGCCCUAACACUGGAGGGAUGGGAGCUUAUUCUCCAGCACCUCAGAUUUCUAAAGAUUUACUGCUGAAAAUAAGAGAAACUGUUCUUCAGAAGACUGUUGAUGGCAUGAGGAAAGAAGGCAUCCCCUAUCUUGGUGUCCUUUAUGCUGGGUUAAUGCUUACUAAAGAUGGGCCUAAAGUUCUAGAGUUUAACUGCAGAUUUGGUGACCCAGAAUGUCAGGUAAUUCUUCCACUGUUGAAAAGUGAUUUAUACGAAGUUAUGCAAGCAGUUAUCAAUAAAAAGUUGUCUAGUUCCAUGCCAAUCUGGUAUGAAGACAGUGCAGCUGUGACUGUGGUCAUGGCUAGUGAAGGGUAUCCAGGAACAUAUCCGAAGGGUUUGGAAAUAACAGGACUUUCUAAGGCUAAAGAACUAGGACUGGAGGUGUUCCAUGCAGGCACAGCCCUGAAGGAUGGCAAAGUAGUGACUAAUGGAGGAAGAGUCCUUACAGUAACUGCUAUUAAAGAAGAUCUAAUGACUGCACUGCAAGAAGCCAACAAGGGAGUAGCAGCCAUAAACUUCAAGGGUUCCAUUUAUAGGAAGGACAUUGGUUAUCGGGCUAUAGCUUUCCUGAGUCAAUCCAGAGGCCUGACUUACAAAAACAGUGGGGUAGACAUCGCAGCAGGGAAUAUUUUGGUUCAGAAAAUUAAACCUCUAGCUGCAGCCACAUCAAGAUCAGGCUGCAAUGCAGAACUUGGAGGAUUUGCUGGCCUCUUUGAUUUGAAAGCAGCUGGUUACAAAGAUCCUAUCUUGGUAUCUGGAACUGAUGGUGUUGGCACAAAACUCAAGAUUGCACAAGUGUGUAAGAAACAUGACACUAUAGGUCAAGACCUGGUUGCUAUGUGUGUCAAUGACAUCCUGGCUCAAGGAGCAGAGCCCCUCUUCUUCCUUGACUAUUUUGCCUGUGGUAAACUUGAUGUUGAAGUGGCUCAGGGUGUCAUUGCAGGAAUAGCUGAAGCAUGUCAAAAGGCAGGAUGUGCUCUUUUGGGAGGAGAAACUGCUGAAAUGCCAGGCAUGUAUCCACCCGGCGAGUACGACCUGGCAGGCUUUGCUGUUGGUGCAGUAGAGCGAGGGCAAAUGCUGCCCCAGUUAGAGAGAAUUGCUGAUGGAGAUGUGGUUAUUGGAGUCGCUUCUUCUGGGGUUCACAGCAAUGGGUACAGCCUUGUAAGGAGGAUUGUUGAGAAGUCAUCGCUGGAUUUCUCUUCUCAAGUUGGCGUCUCUGGUGAUCAGACAUUAGGAGAUCUGUUGUUAACCCCAACUAAGAUCUACAGUAAGACUCUGCUGCCUGUCCUUCGUUCAGGCCACGUGAAAGCUUAUGCACACAUCACUGGGGGAGGCUUGCUGGAAAACAUCCCCAGAGUUCUUCCAGACUCCUUUGGUGUCGUUUUAGAUGCUCUUAGCUGGAAGAUUCCUGAAAUCUUCUGUUGGCUCCAUAAAGAAGGCAAUCUCUCUGAGGAGGAGAUGGCUCGGACAUUUAAUUGUGGGAUCGGCGCAGUUUUGGUCGUUCAGAAGGAGCUGGCUCAGCAGGUGCUCAAGGAUGUGCAGAAACACGAGGCAGCCUGGCUGAUUGGGAAAGUUGUCCCUCUACAAAAAGGCUCUGCCCAUGUUAAAGUCCAUAACCUGCUUCAAGCCUUGCAAGCAAAUAGGUCACUGUCUGUGCACAGCCAUAUCCAAGGCAAAAUCCAAACAAACAAAGUGAAGGUUGCUGUCCUUAUCUCUGGAACAGGCACAAACCUGGAAGCCCUCAUAAAUAGCACAAAGAAGCCCACCAGUUUUGCAGAAAUAGUUCUUGUUGUUUCUAACAAAGCUGGUGUGGAGGGGCUAAGGAAAGCUGAAAGAGCUGGUAUUCCUACAAGGGUUAUUGACCAUAAACAGUAUGGAAGUCGCACUGAAUUUGACAGUGCAGUUGACAGAGUCCUUGAAGAAUUCUCAGUUGAGCUGAUCUGCCUUGCUGGAUUUAUGCGAAUACUGUCAGGUCCUUUUGUCAAGAAAUGGGAAGGAAAAAUAUUGAAUAUCCAUCCAUCCCUACUGCCUUCUUUUAAGGGAGCAAAUGCCCACAAAUUGGUGCUGGAAGCUGGAGUCCGAGUAACGGGUUGUACAGUGCACUUUGUGGCUGAGGAGGUGGAUGCCGGAGCAAUCAUUUUCCAAGAGGCAGUUCCAGUGAAGAUUGGUGACACGGUGGAGACCCUGUCUGAGAGGGUGAAGGAGGCGGAGCACCGGGCUUUCCCUGCUGCCCUGCAGCUCGUCGCCAGUGGGGCCGUGCAGGUGGGCGAAGCUGGCAAGAUCUGCUGGAAGUAGAUCCUUGAAUGUGGCAGCUGAAGUGCGUCCAUUGAUCAAAACAGAGGUCACAGUUGAAAAACACACCCGCUGUAUUCUCUUCACAAAGCGGCCCAGAUUCUGGCCAUAUCCACUGACUUCAAAUAUUGAACCUGCUCUCAGUCUGAUACCAAAUAGAAUUAAACUUCUGCUGACCAUUUGCCUUCAGGGAUUCCCCCAUCAAUCUAUACGUGAAUUCCUCUCAGAGAUCUUUCAGAGCCAAAAGAGCAGAGCCUGCUUUGGCCUGAGCAGAAAGGGAAUUAGGACUGGAUACAAAAUGCAUUCUCUGCUUGUGAGGCAUUCCUUAAAACUUCUGCUGAAGUUAAGUGCCUAAAUUCUGGGAAUGGUAUUUUCACCUAAAAUAAUGCUGAUGCAAACCCAGGAAAUGUUAUAACUGAAAACAGUAAAGUCUUUUUCACAGUUGAAUUAUUGUGAAAAAGCACUCAGUUUUCUUUUAAAACAUUUUCACAGCUAUACCAGAAUUUUUUUUUUACUGAAACUAUCAAUUUUCUUCUAUAUAAACCAGAAGCAUCUGCUUGAAGCUCCUUGUCUAUGUUUUAGAACUACUCUCGGAGGAAACCAGUUUCUAUUCUGUGUCCUAAUCUCAAUUUGGAUUUGAAAUAAAAGUCUAAUAAUGUUAACUAUUUAAAUGUAUCAGUAUUUUUCCUUGGAAUUCCCUUCCAAGGGUAUAAAGUGAAGAAGGGAUUUAAGAAGCAGAAGCUGUCUUCAUCUGCCAUGCCACAACUGUAAAUCAGUUUCAGAGGUUACAGACGUGCAAGGAUUGAGGUGAAAUUCCAGAGUGUGGUGACCUUACUGUUGCCAUGGCCAGAUGGUCUGUGAUAAAGAAACUCGCUGACAAAAUAUUCCUGUCAUCAUUUGUCACUGAAGAUAAAGCUCAGGUGAAUACAGAGGAAAAUUACAUGGUCGCAUCUAAAUUCACUUGCAGAAUACAAGAAUAAAGGCUGAGGGUUCAGCACAGCAUUUAUCUGUACAAGUCUACCUUUUCACAGAACGGUCAUCCCCCAGGAAACAGCCCCCAUGGAUUGAAAUCUUCCUCUCGCAGAGAGAGAAGGCAAAGGUGCAGGGAGCAUCCUGCUCUGGUUGGAAUCCAGUCUGCGCAAGGUCAGUGUAUCAGCCGUGACACAGGACAGCUUUUAAGAAAUUGUAUUUAAAUUAACUCAUACAGUGGUGCUACUUGUUUUGCAAGGGGCGAAAUCACUACCACUAAUUGCACGGUUAAUGGUUGUAACAUUGCUAGAAGCAGUUUGAUCAGUGCCAGGAAGGCCAAAAGCAGACAGCAUGGCAACCCCAAAUCCAAAACCCCAAUUCAUCACAGACAUCUUGAGCAAGACUCAGGUAUUUUGCUGUCUAAGAGUGAUGAGAAAUGGGAUUAAAGUGCCUAUCUGCAUUUCUACAAAUCCAUAAAAUGAAAAUCUGUUGUGAAGUGGACAUGAGUUACCAGAUUAAAAUACUACCACCACUCCCAGUCUCAGAGGGAGGCCAUGAACUCCAUUGAAGAAAGCUGUUUGGUGUGAUGGUGAUAGUAUGGAGAACUACAGAGCACAAUACCUUGCAUUCUAUAAUCUUUUAAUCAUUUAUUUGUUUGGUUUGAAACAUCAUCAAUCAUGCUUGCUAUGCAUUCCAAACAAUACACAGCGUGAAGUAACUACAGGCCAAGAGCAAAAUAAGCAACAUGUUUAUCAUAAAUAUUAACUAUGUAUACCAAA